AUGGAGGACUCUCGUCCCAUUAGAACAUACAGAAACCAUGCAGACAAGGGAGUGGCAUUUCCUAUAAAUCAACCAAUGAGCCUUCAUAUCACCCUAUGGAACGGCGACAGCUGGGCGACUAGGGGUGGCCGGGACAAGAUUGACUGGUCAAAGGGCCCCUUCAUGUCUUCAUUCAGGAACUACAAGAUUGAUGCCUGUGUUUGGAGAGGAAAUACAUGGUCUUGUGUCCAAAGUAGCUCUACAAAUUGGUGGAACCAGAACACAUUUAGUAGUCUAACUUCGAAACAGAGAAGUUCUUUCAAUUGGGUAAGAAAAAACUACCUCAUAUAUGACUAUUGCCAAGAUAAUCAGAGGUUUCAGAACAACCUUCCAAAGGAGUGCAAUCUUCCCAAGUAUUGA